AUGGGUUGUGAUUGGGAACCUAGUUUCCAUUGGAUCCCCAUACGUAACCUUCAACCUUCUUUGAUUCUUAAAAAACCUUCUUUUUCUCUCCACUUUAGUUCAACUUCACACAUACAUCCUUCAUGGAGCAACUACGGCCACCACCGUUGUCGGGUCUUGGCGGCUCGGCUGAAUUCGAUGGUGGCUCAAAGUCGCAUAGGCAAGUAUUUUAGGGUUGCCGAGCGUAAUACUACCUUCACCACCGAACUUCGCGCUGGUACUGCCACGUUCCUCACUAUGGCCUACAUCCUUGCCGUCAACGCCACCAUCAUCGCUGAUUCGGGCGGGACAUGCAGCGUCUCCGAUUGCAUCCCUCUAUGCUCCGACCCCAAAACGCCACUCUCCGAAUGCCCGACCCAUCUCCUGACCCGACCCGGAUUGUCUUGCAAGUACCCUCCCGUCAACCCGGGCUAUGCGGCGUGCGUGGAACGCACGCGCCGCGACCUCAUCGUUGCCACCGUGGCCUCCUCCCUCAUCGGCUCCGGCAUAAUGGGCCUCUUUGCGAACCUCCCCUUAGCCCUAGCGCCCGGCAUGGGCGCCAACGCGUACUUCGCCUACUCCGUGGUCGGGUUCCACGGGUCGGGUCCCGUACCCUACCGAACCGCAUUAACCGCUAUUUUCUUAGAAGGCCUAAUCUUCCUCAUAAUCUCAGCCGUUGGAUUUCGCGCGAAACUCGCCAAACUCGUUCCAAAACCCGUCCGAGUCUCCUCCGCCGCCGGAAUCGGUCUCUUCUUAGCCUUCAUUGGGCUUCAGAGCAACGAAGGCAUUGGGCUCAUCGGAUUCAGCCCAUCAACACUUAUCACUCUUGGAGGCUGCCCGAGGAACAAACUGACGGCGUUAGCUCCGGUCAUCACAAUUAACGGCACAGUUAGUUUAAUUCCUGGCGCCACCGUCUCCGACAAGAUACUAUGUUCUGGGAACCGCAUGGAGAGCCCAACCUUAUGGCUUGGUUUGGUUGGGUUUCUUAUCAUUGCUUACUGCUUAAUGAAGAACAUAAAGGGGGCUAUGAUAUACGGCAUCGUUUUUGUAACCGUGAUCUCCUGGUUCAGGAACACGCCGGUUACGGUGUUCCCUAAUACCCAACUCGGUGACGCCGGGUAUGACUAUUUUAAAAAGGUGGUUGACGUGCACGUGAUAAAAACCACCGCCGGUGCGUUGAGUUUUGAUAGCAUGUGGAAGGGUGCAUUCUGGGAAGCACUUUUCACGUUCUUGUACGUUGAUAUAUUGGACACUACAGGGACCUUAUAUUCGAUGGCCAGAUUUGCAGGGUUUGUUGAUGAUAACGGUGAUUUCGAGGGGCAGAAUUUUGCGUUCAUGGCGGACGCAUCGUCGAUUGUGGUGGGGUCCCUGCUGGGGACGUCGCCGGUGACGGCGUUCAUCGAGUCGUCGACGGGGAUACGGGAGGGGGGGAGGACGGGGCUGACGGCGGUGACGGUGGCGGGGUAUUUUUUUAUGGCGUUUUUUUUCACGCCGUUGUUGGCGUCGAUUCCGGCGUGGGCGGUGGGGCCGCCGCUGAUAGUGGUGGGGGUGAUGAUGGUGAGGUGUGUGGUGGAGAUUGACUGGGAGGAUAUGAGAGAAGCGAUACCGGCGUUUGUGACGAUUGUGUUGAUGCCGUUGACGUAUUCUAUUGCCUAUGGGUUGAUAGGGGGCAUUGGGACGUACCUUGUGUUGCAUGCAUGGGAGUGGGGGGAGGAGGUGGUGAGGAAUUUUUUUACUAACAACAACUUUAAGGAUAAUAAUAAUAUAUCUAAUGUAAAUGCUAAUAGUCGUGUUGUUGAUGAUCAUGAACAAGGAGAUGAUAACAAGGUGUAGAAUAGUACAAGUAUUAUAGUUUCUUUUUUCAGGUGAAUAUUGGCAGGAAAAUUAGGAGACGUAGUAGGGACUGAUCGGGGUUUAGAAAAAAAAAUUAAGAAAUCGAUUAGAUUUGUGUAAAUUUUUAAAUAUUAGUGUGUGUACAAGAUGUUUUUCAUACAAAUUAAAGAGUGUUCGUUUGUUUAACGAAAAGGACAUCUAAUUAUUGGGUCUUGAUCCGGAGGAACAUAGAUUUGGGUGUGAGGGUCCAAAGAUUUCACUGAAUCAAAUAUCAAUCAGUUUGCAUAUGAAAAA